AUGGCCGCAGACGAUUCGGGCGCGCCGUGGGAGGAGCUUCGGCGCGAGGCGCGGAAGCUGGAGGGCGACCUGGACGUGAAGCUGUCGUCGUACGCCAAGCUCUGCAGCAUGCUGUCGCAUAGCGGUUACGGCGAGGGGGGCGAGGGGGGCAGCGAGGGGUCGGUGGUGGCGGUGGAAAAAGCAAUAGAGGCGCAGCUGCAGCGGCUUGCAGACACCAACAACCGCAUGGCGCGCUGCUGCUCUGCUGCCGGUGGUGGUGUGGGUGGCGAGGGCACGGCUGCCACGGCAUCGCUGUCUCAGAAGGUGGCUCGGCAUCGGGACAUCUUACAGGAGUUCACGCAGGAGUUUCGGCGCACGAGGGGCAACCUGGCAAUGAUGAGGCAGCACGCGGAGCUGCUCUCCUCCUCCUCACGCGCAUCCACCACCGCUACUGCGGAUCUCCUUGUGCCGUCAGGUUCUAGCCAAAGUCAAUUGCUCGAGAGGCGGGCAAUCCACGGCAACAUAGCUCAGAUGGACGAGCUCAUCUCACACGCAGCGAGCACCAAGGCGGCUCUGGCGUCGCAGCGAUCGCUUUUCGCGAGCAUUCAGGGCCGCAUCAAGCUGCUAUCAGAUCGCUUCCCUCUGCUCAGAAGCGUGCUGGGGGCCAUUCGGCGAAAGAAGUCGCGAGACACUCUCAUCCUUGGGGCAGUCAUUGCUGCCUGCACCACGUUUCUCAUCAUCUACUGGCUUCGGAAAUGA